CUGGCAGUGCUCCGUGCCUUUUUCUUCUACGUAGUCACAUUCGCUGUGGCCACGCCCAUCCUGCUCAUUCUGCUCCUGCAGCUCCCAUUUGUCCUCCUCUUUGACAAGCACAGGAGGAGGGCGCAGCACGUCUGGAACACGGUCUGGGCCCGCCUCAGCGCAUGGCCAUUCUACCGCGUGGAGAUGACAGGGCUGGAGCACCUUCCGCCCUCCGACUGCGCGGCCGUGUAUGUCGCCAAUCACCAGAGCUUCCUGGACAUCACCACCCUUUUCCACAUUCGUCGCGACUUCAAGUUCAUCUCCAAAACCUCCAAUUUCCUCAUCCCCAUCAUCGGGUGGACCAUGUAUCUGACAGGCCAUGUCAAGAUCGAUCGCAUGGACAGCCGGUCCCAGAUGCAGUGCCUGAAGGAGUGCGGGGACCUGCUCAGCUCCGGCGCCUCUGUCCUCUUCUUCCCUGAGGGUACGCGGAGCAAGGACGGCAAGCUGCACGCCUUUAAAAAGGGGGCCUUCUCCGUGGCAGCCAAGAGGAAGGUGCCAGUGGUCCCCAUCACGCUCCAGGGAACAGGGGAGCUGAUGCCCGUUGGCGCCGAGGGCAGGCUAUUUUCAGGAACCAUCAAGGUCCGGGUGCACCCGGCCGUCCCGCCCAGCCAGGCGGUCGCCAUGAUGGCAGCGGCCCAGGCCGCCGUGGCGUCGGGCCUCCCCCGGGAUAAGCUGGGGCCUGACGUCCUGCGGGCAGUCCAGAGUUGA